AUGGUAGAAUGUUGGAGAACAGAAACACACACACUUCAUCUUCUAAUAGGAGAGUGUACAAUAACUCUUGAAGAUGUUGCAUUACAACUGGGUCUACCUAUCAACGGAAGACCACUAUCUGGAGGUGGUGCUUCAGAUUGGGAUGAAGAGUGCCAACAACAUUUGGGUGUCAUUCCUCCAAAAAAUCAAAUGGUGGGCCAAUUCGUCAAACUGAAAUGGUUGAAAGACACAUUUGCUCAUGUUCCGAAUAAUGCAGCAGAUGAGCAAGUACAACAAUAUUGUAGAGCGUACCUAUUACGCUUGAUUGGGGGUUUGGUAAUCCCUGACAAAUCUUGCAAUAGAGUUCAUUUGAUGUAUCUCCCUCUAUUGAAACAUAUUCAACGUGUUCGACUAUAUAGUUGGGGUUCAGCCUGUUUGGCAAACUUAUACAGACAAAUGUGUCGUGCAACCGCACCGUCUUAUGCAUGUAUGGGUGGAUGUACAUUGCUCCUUCAAUCUUGGCUCGACGAUAUUUCAAAGGAACAAUGA